AUGGUUAAAGUUACAGUUUGCGGUGCUGCCGGUGGUAUUGGUCAACCAUUAUCAUUAUUAUUAAAGUUAAACCCAAAGAUCGAUGAAUUGUCAUUGUUCGAUGUUGUCAAUGUUCCAGGUGUCGGAGCUGAUUUAUCUCACAUUUGCUCCAAUUCAUCCACAUCUUCUCACUUACCAUCUUCCAGGGAAGACAAAUCAGCAUUGGCUGAAUCCUUGAAGGGUAGUGACUUAGUUAUCAUCCCAGCUGGUGUCCCAAGAAAGCCAGGUAUGACCAGAGAUGAUUUAUUCAACAUCAAUGCCUCUAUUGUUAGAGACUUGGCCCAAGGAAUUGCUGAAAACGCGCCAAAGGCUUUCGUUUUGAUCAUUUCAAAUCCAGUCAACUCCACUGUUCCGAUUGUUGCCGAAACCUUAAAGAAGAACGGUGUUUACAACCCACAAAGAUUAUUCGGUGUUACUACCUUGGAUAUCGUCAGAGCCAACACUUUCAUCUCCCAAAAGUACGCUAAGGAAACCAAGGCUACUGACUUCAACAUCAACGUCAUUGGUGGUCACUCCGGUGAAACCAUUGUUCCAUUGUACUCUAUCGGUAACUCCAAAUCGUACUACGACAAGUUAUCGGAAGAAGACAAGAAGGCUUUGAUUAACAGAGUCCAAUUCGGUGGUGAUGAAGUCGUCAAGGCCAAGGACGGUGCUGGUUCCGCCACUUUGUCCAUGGCUUACGCCGGUUACAAGUUAGCCGAAUCCAUCUUGAAGGCAUUGACCUCUAAGGGUGAAGAAGUUGUCGAAUGUACCUUCUUGAACUUGGACGACUCCAUCAAGGGUGCCGCUGAAGCCAAGAAGUUGGUCAAAAACUUGGAUUUCUUCUCCUUGCCAGUCAGAUUAGGUGCUAACGGUAUCGAGGAAGUCAAGUACGACAUCUUAAACAACAUCAGUGCUGAUGAAAAGAAAUUAUUAGAAGUUGCCAUCGAACAAUUGUCUGGUAACAUCGACAAGGGUGUUGCAUUCAUCAAGAAAUAG